AAGACUCUAGGGCUGCAGAUAAGACUGUUGCCAUGGUCCUGAAGGAGAUACCCAGUAAGGCGUCAUCAGAAGCGAAGCCCCUCCUCACAGUGACUACCAAGCUGGUGAGCGAGCAACAAGAGAGUCGGCCGCUAUUAAGCCCUUCCAUUGACGAUUUCCUCUGCGAGACCAAAUGUGAUGGGAUUUCUCGCCCAGUGACUUCCAACACAGCCGUUCUUUCUUCAACGCUGGACCUUUUGGAUCUCAGUGAACCAGGAGAGAGGAGGAACAGCAAAGACAAAAAAAGUUCUUUGUUGUCCCGUGGUGACGGUCAAAAGAACAGCUCACACAAGAAAAAGACGGAUGAGACAGAGUUGAUUCAGGUGGAAGUUGAACAGACAGGACCAAAUAUGAGAAACCCAGAGAGGGCAUCACUCGAGUCAGUUGCCAUCGGGUCUUUGGAUAAAUGGGAAGAACUUAAUUCCAGUACUGAGAGGAAUGGCAACAGAAAAUGGAAGCUCGAGAGACGCCGUUCUUCCAAAAAUUCAUCCAGCGAAUUCUUAUGGUCUUUAGACUGUAAAAUCCAACCUGAUUCUUCAAAUAGGAACAUGUUGGAGGCAAACCCCAAAGCAGAGCCAGAAUCAGCCCUUGCUUCACAAGCUCGUCUAACGAAGGAGCAGCGCUUGGGUAGCGCCCUUCUGUCAAGACAUCAAUCCCUGGAGGAGGAGUUUGAGCGAGCCAAGGCUGCCGUUGAAUCAGAUACGGAGUUCUGGGACAAAAUGCAGGCAGAGUGGGAAGAGCUUGCACGACGAAACUGGCUGACAGAAAAUGAGCAGGCGCAAAUACCCUCAUCUGUAUCACCCCAUGAGAAGGGUUACUACUUCCACACGGAUAAUCCUUAUAAGGAGCUGCCAAAUGCGUUUGAAGAGGGACUGAAGAAAUCUCGGGAGGGAGACUUGCAAAACGCUGUGCUUUUGCUGGAAGCAGCCGUCUUGCAGGACCCUCAUGAUUCAGAGGCGUGGCAGGUGUUGGGGACCACACAGGCUGAAAAUGAAAAUGAGCAGGCUGCAAUCGUCUCCCUGCAAAGGUGUUUGGAGCUCCACCCAAAUAACAUAUCAGCCCUCCUGGCUCUGGCAGUAAGCCUGACCAACACUGGUAUGCGUCAUGACGCCUGUGAGGCCCUGCUCCGCUGGUUGAAACACAAUCCCAAGUACAAGCACCUGCUUAAGUCCAAGACUCAUAUGAUGGGCUCCCCGAACUCUCAGCGCAGGAUGUCGUAUGUUCUAAAUGCAGGCAGACAUGACAGCUCACUGCUGCCAGAGGUCAAGGAGUUCUUCCUGGAAGCAGCACAGCAAAACUCGGACAGCAUUGACCCGGAUUUACAGACAGGCCUUGGGGUGCUCUACAACCUCACCGGCGAGUUUAACAAAGCUGUAGAGGCUUUCAAUACAGCCCUGUCAGUGCGGCCUGAAGACUAUUUGUUAUGGAAUCGCCUUGGCGCUACUCUAGCAAAUGGGGAUCGUAGUGAAGAGGCAGUGGAGGCAUACACUCGAGCCCUCGAGCUACAUCCAGGGUUUAUCAGGUCCCGCUAUAAUCUGGGCAUCAGCUGCAUUAACCUUGGGGCUCACAGGUGA